CUAUAGUAAGUCCUAUUAAUAAUGAUAUUCAAUUCCCCCAAGAGGAGUCGGUCAAAGCAAGUGAAGGAAAACAUCCCAUUUGUCCGAAAUCUCGGCGCGCCACGAUAUUUUUCCACACUCUCUCCACCUUUUCCUACUUAGCCUAGAAACGCCCCCAGCACCGGCAACGGGACACUCCGUCCUCAAGCACCCCUGGCAAAGCGAUGAUUGGAGAAGCGGUUAAGUGGACGCGCACAGGGCAACUGGGCGACCCUACGAAUCACUUAUUAAUGACAAGAACUGUGAGAUUCCCCUUACGGAUAUCACUACCGAAUCGAGCCACUUGCAUACCAACCAUGGGGGGUAACCAGAGACUUGAUUGGCGCCGAGGCCUCAGAUCAAGCUUUUAUACGCACACGCAGAAUGCAAAAGGAAAAAGACUCGUGAAAUCUCAAUACGCAGGAAGUCCCCUCCUGCUUAGUGCACCGUGGUGGGCCUCUCAUAGGUCGAAACGCGGACUCAUCUGCACAUGUCCAUCUACAUCGCUGCCCAGACGUCGUACAACAGAGGCUAUUGUUUUCAUCAAUGUUAAUUAUAUUAAGUAUGAUGCUCCACGCCUCAGCGAGUCAUCUCGAGUUUACCCCUGCAUUCUAUCGAACCGGUUCAGGUUACUAUUCUUCCAAAGGCACCCAAUCACGGUUAAUACUGGAUACGAGUUUGUGCCCCAGUAGGUAUCUGUCACUUAGCCGUGAUCUCUCUGAGAUUUGAUAGGUGCAAUCAUCUACAAUCGUGGGCAGUCGUGCUAUUGUGGGUUUAAUUUAGUCUAUGUAUCCUCAGGAAGAUUUUUAAUGUGAAAUGCACAGUCCUCUACUAAUUGUGUUGAGGUCUGAUACGCUACUGUCUCGGCGGCCACUGCUCAUUCCCGAGGCCGGCCUUCAAU